CGAGUCAACGGUGAAGGUUUUCGGAAGGGAAAGCGUUUUCGAAGGAUCGUGUAUGAAAAGGAACGAGAGUAAUCGAGUAAGAGAGAGAUAGAACGAAAAGAAAGAGGCCAGAGGCUGACCGGCGGCGGCUCGAACCGGAGCGUGUGUAUUUACCGUCUGAUUUAGUUUCGCCCGUAUGUACUUUGCGGGGCACGGGUGUAGAGAAGCGGGCGCGUUCGACGUUUAUGCGCCGCCGGAGCCCAGGCUAUUCCAUUACGCGCAGAGAAAAGAGUUUAUGAAUGAAGAGGAUGCGAAGGAUAGUUUCCGGAAGCCGGCCGGUUCGUGUGUAAUAAUCGUAGAACGGAUCGUGUGCGCUUUGUUGCGUAAAAAGCCGUGGAUAGCCGUGCGCCGCGCAUAUAUGAAUAUCAGGCUUCAGCGAGCGUGAGGAGGUUAUCGGUGUGUUUUAAUGCCUGGAAAUUAGGCUUCGUGAAAAGAUUGCGACCACGCAGGAACGCGCAUGCGCGUGAUGUGUCGGAUCCAGGGAAUCGAAACGGAACGGAAUCGGAACGGUUUCGACGACUUUCUCCGCUGUACGAUGAAAUUUUAAACGCGAUUGUGUCAUGUAUGUUUGUUCUUUGUCUCGACCUUUGACUCCUCGUGUACGUUAAACUUAUUGCGGAUAACGUAAUACUACGUUCGAUCGAUGAUGACACAUUUCUAAAAGACGUAAAACUACAUUAACGGAUCGAAAUAAGUUUUCGAUCGUAAUUGUUAUUCGACGCCAUGUUAUUCAGUAACGGAUUUGUGAUAGUGCAUGUAAUAUUAUUCGUAAUAUUUAAAUUUGUGUCGCUUGAAAAUCUAACAAAGAAUAAGAAACACAACGCUUUUUCUGCCGGUAAAUCAAAAAAAUGAGUUUUAAUGAUCAUAAGUGAAAACGUGUAAUAGCGAGUUUAAUUUUCGGUAACGGGUUUCAAAUAUGGCGUCAUUUCAUGUAGUGUCGACUUUGUGAUUAAAACGUAUAUUAUUAAAAUAUCAAAAUAUUUUAACUUCUAUUAUUUACACAUUAUCGCGGAGUGUAUUUCGUUGAAAUAAAUUGAAAAAGAAACUUUUGAAGGUUAUAACGAAAAACACAUGGUAAUAAUACAUUAUCCUUAUAUCCUCAAGAAAAUCCUAUACACGUCACCACUCAUCACAGCUCAUCCAUUUACACUGUUUGGAAAGCCAAAUCUAACGUAGAGAUUACCUACAAAAACAACCAAAGCAAGUGCGUUCACCUACAUGGGUGCAGAAGUUUCGAAAAGGGAAUUGCUUUGAAUGUGCAACAUUUCUUACUAGCUUGUUAUUAGGUCAAGGGUAUAAUGCAUUUGUAGUAAGUGGUUAUGCAUCUAGAGAGCAAACACUUUGUGAUUUGACAAGACGAUCAUGCCCUUACAUACCACAACCGGAAAAGAAAUUUCAGGAAGAUAUGAUACGUCCCGAGAUUACCAAAUACAAACUUAAUCUCAAUGUAGAGUAUAAAAAUCAAUUUUUAUCAGAAUCGGAAGAAGAAAAAGCGAGAAAAUUACAAGAAAAGUUAUUAUUAGCUGAAAAGGAGCAACAAAAUUUAAUUGAGGAAUUAGAGCAACUUCCAGUAGAUGAAUAUUGGGGACAUAGAAUACAUGCUUGGGUAGCGAUAUUACCAGAAUUAGGUGGACUGAGGGAUCAAGAAAUUCCUUGUCCAUUAUUUAUUGAGCCUACCACUGGUGUAUCUUACGAAGUUACGGACGACGAUACAGCUCAAUUAUAUCUCGGUGUGGAAAGUAUAUGGAACGAUCAAAAUUAUUGGGUAAAUAUGCAGGUAUCUGUACAAUCGUGCGUAAACAUAGAAUGGGAUUUAACGAAAGUAGAAUUGUGGGAACAUUUGCUUCCCGGAGAACCAUGGACAACACAUGCAGGAGAGAUUGAUGAAGAAUCUGCUAUACGUCAAGAAAAACAUUUGGAUAUGCCAUUAUCAUACGUUAAUCAAAUAAAUAUUAGCGAAGAAGAAUUUGAGAAACGAUUCCCAAACGGUAUGAAAAUAGUAUUGUAUAAAAAAACAAAAGUUGAAUUUUACGCACCAUACAUUCAAACAGACGGAUUGAUACAAAGAAUUACUACAUACGAUGAUGACAUGAAUCCUAUCGAUAUAUAUGAAAAUUACAGAAAUAGAUCUGAUAAUCUCAUAGAAUCACGAAGAAAUAUGGUUGACGGUACCAUCAUAGAUUAUUAUACGAGAGGUCGAGUUGACCAGUGUAAAGAACAUCGAUAUUUUUUAUUGAAUAAUGUCAAUGUAGAUAGUGAGCGAAUUUUAGAUUUUUAUUACGUUGCUCGUUUCGAUGGAUUAUCUAAAUUCGAAAUGCAUCCAACUUAUUUAACGCAACACUUUGUCGAUCGUGAUGAUUUUCUAUAUUAUCGGCAUGUAGAAUUUUUACAAGACAAAAAAGGUGAAACUCAAGAUAUUCAUUAUCGACAUAUUUCGAAGAUUGUCGAAAAAUUUAAUAGAGAUGAACGAAUAAAAGCAAGUAAAAAUAUAGCAAUCCGUGAAUUUGCUAUUGAUGAUAAUGAAAUACAUCUUACUUAUCAUUAUUAUCCAGACAAUGUUACUAGAGCGUUGCGAACAUUCAUAAAACCACCAUUAGCAGAAAGGGGAGAACGAUUGGAUCUUAAUCCAACAAUGACACAUGGAUAUAAUCCUCUAAAUGAACCUGAUAAGGCUUUAGAUUUAUUAUACGAACUAGACACACAAUUAAAAGAGGAGGAUAUAUCUAUAUCUCAAGUUAGAGCGGCGGAAAAAGAAAUGUUUUCUUUUCUUGAGAUAAGAAAAAGUGAAUAUUUGACGCCAAAACUGUUGAUAUCUAUAUAUGAUAAACUUAGAGAAUCGGAAUCUCUAAUAGAAGCAUUGAAGAAACAAAGUCUAAAAGAUAUCACAGAAGAAAUAAAUUAUUUGAAGCCAUAUUUAGCUCGUUUAGGAAAUCCAUCAGAGCUAUCAGAAGCUGAGGCGUACUUAAUACAAUAUGCAUGUGUUCGUGAUUACAAACAAUUACUUAUACGUAGAGCGAAUAAAAUCUUACAUGAAUUUGAAAAAUAUUCGCAGGAAUUGGCGAAAACGCAAGCAUUGAUAUUACAGGAAGAAGAUUUAACUCGCGAAGAAGAAGAAAAAAUAUUAGAAAAAAUAAAUGAAAUAAGUUUUUAUUUACAAACUUUAGAAAACAGAUUAAAUCGUCAUAGAGAUUCGGUUCCUACAAAAUAUAAAAUGUUGAUAAAUAAUUUACAACAAAAUCCACAUCUUGCGAUAAUUAAAGAAAGUUUAAUGUAUUUUUGAAAAAAAGCAGAUAUAUAGUGUAAACAAUUUAUUUUAUUGAAAAGACCAAGAACCCAUUUGUCCAAUACAUCGACCUAAAAUAAUUUUAUAUUGUAAAAAUCUUAAGUUUUUAAGAAAUUUUUGUAUGUUAUUUACCUUCAUCAUCAAAAGUGGCUAAUGUAAAUUUACUAAGUUUAUUAGUAAAACUUCCAAUAUUGGAACCAAUCAUGUGGUCUGUUAAACGAUCACUAUUCGCAAUAUCACUAUUAUUUCUAUGACGACGAUGUUCUUCAGCAAAGCCAGAAAUUAAUAUAUCCAUCAUUAUUGCCUUAUAAUAAAAUAAAUUUUAGUAAUUUAAAUUAUUAAAGUUAACUUUUCUAGGAAUAAGUCAUACUUGUCUUGAGAAUACUUGUAGAAUUUUAUAAACUUGUGUUCCAUUUUCUCGCACAGGAAACUGUAGAAAUAAACAUGGCAGACAAUCUGGAUUAUUUUCAUCUGAAGGUUUCGCCAUUUCCCAACUUAACUCUGAAUAUCUUAGACCCAAUAAUAAACUCUGUAAAAAAGUUAUUUGUAAUGUAUUAUAUGAAUGAUAAUUACUAUA